ACCGGGAGCGCGAGCGGGCUGCGGCCGAGCGGGCAGCGCGGGGCUCCCGCAGACGGCCUGGCGGGACGGCGCCAAAGCCGGGCUGCCCCUGGCGGAAGCGGCGCGCUUCCCCUGCUCCCGCCGGCGAGGGUCAGCGCGGAGCCGGAGCCGAGCGGAGCUCGGCCACCGUUAUUUAGGCGAAAGCGAAGCCGAGGGGCAGAACCCGGAUGUGGUCCGGGUCGCAGUCGGCAACCUCGCCAGCUUCCAAGAGGGCGGCUGCGGCGCGGCAAUAGGUGCGAGGCGCCCACGGAGGGGCGCAGGAGGCACUUCCGCCCGGCUCUCCUUCCCGCAGGCUGCGGCGGCUAAGAUGGCGGCGCUGAGGGCGCUGUGCAGCCUCCGGGGCGCUGCGGCCCCCGGGCUGCGGCCCGGGGCUGGCGGCCGCGUGCCGACGCAGCCCAGCAGAGGUUCUCGGCAAUGGCAGCCAGAUGUGGAAUGGGCAGAGCAGCUUGGGAGAGCUGUCAUGUACCCCACCAAGGAGACGGCCCACUGGAAGCCUCCACCUUGGAAUGAUGUGGACCCUCCGAAGGAAACUCUGGUGUCAAACCUGACCCUGAACUUUGGGCCCCAGCACCCAGCGGCGCAUGGAGUCCUGCGGCUAGUGAUGGAACUGAGUGGGGAGAUGGUGCGGAAGUGUGACCCUCACAUCGGGCUGCUGCACCGAGGCACUGAGAAGCUCAUUGAAUACAAGACCUAUCUGCAGGCCCUUCCAUACUUUGACCGGCUGGACUAUGUGUCCAUGAUGUGUAACGAACAGGCCUAUUCACUGGCUGUGGAGAAGUUGCUCAAUAUCCAGCCUCCACCCCGGGCCCAGUGGAUCCGAGUGCUGUUUGGAGAAAUCACACGGCUAUUGAACCACAUUAUGGCUGUGACCACACAUGCCUUAGACAUUGGGGCCAUGACCCCUUUCUUCUGGAUGUUUGAAGAAAGGGAGAAGAUGUUUGAGUUCUACGAGCGAGUGUCUGGGGCUCGGAUGCAUGCUGCCUACGUCAGGCCGGGAGGUGUGCACCAGGACCUACCCCUGGGGCUCAUGGAUGACAUUUACGAGUUUUCUAAGAACUUCUCUCUCCGGGUUGAUGAAUUGGAGGAGAUGCUGACCAACAACAGGAUCUGGCGAAAUCGGACAGUCGACAUUGGGGUUGUGACAGCAGAAGAUGCACUUAACUAUGGCUUUAGUGGGGUGAUGCUCCGGGGCUCAGGCAUCCAGUGGGACCUGCGAAAGACCCAGCCCUAUGACGUUUAUGAUCAGGUGGAGUUUGAUGUGCCUAUUGGCUCUCGAGGGGACUGUUAUGAUAGGUACCUGUGUCGGGUGGAGGAGAUGCGCCAGUCCCUUCGAAUCAUCUUACAGUGUCUGAACAAGAUGCCUCCUGGGGAGAUCAAGGUCGAUGAUGCCAAAGUGUCUCCACCUAAACGAGCAGAGAUGAAGACUUCUAUGGAGUCACUGAUUCAUCACUUUAAGCUGUAUACCGAGGGCUACCAAGUUCCUCCAGGGGCCACGUACACUGCCAUCGAGGCUCCUAAGGGAGAAUUUGGGGUGUAUUUGGUGUCUGAUGGCAGCAGCCGCCCUUAUCGAUGCAAGAUCAAGGCUCCUGGUUUUGCCCACUUGGCUGGUUUGGACAAGAUGUCUAAGGGACACAUGUUGGCGGACGUCGUUGCCAUCAUAGGUACCCAAGAUAUUGUGUUUGGAGAAGUAGAUCGGUGAGCAGGGGAGCAGCAUUUGAUCCCCUUGCCUGUCUGCUUCCUCUGGGGAGCCUGUCCAUCAUCGGAAAUGGGACUGUGUGUGUGUCUGUGUCUGUGUAUGUAUGUAUACAUACAUGAACACUUAGCUGUCAGGCUUCCUGUGCAUGUACUAGAAAAGAAGAAAUUAUAAUAAAUGAGCCGUCUUUCGGCCCCAUGCCCAAA